GGGGAGACGCCGCUUGACCUGGCUCGUGAAGCUCAAAAUCACUUCAUUGUUUACAUGCUAACGGAGGAAGAAAGAACAAGAACCAGAAAAAGCAGCAGGUUACUGAGAAUAGUAGAGAAAUAUGAGAUUCUCCUGCUGUUGGCAUCUUCCUUGACGUUGAUGUGGCUCGUAGGAUAUGUAAUGGACUUAAGUUCUGAUUCGUGGCUUUUGAAAGGAAGUCUGCUUCUCUUGAUACUGUUUGGAAUGAGUCUGUUCGUGAGGCGAUUUGUGGGGCUCAGAAAUCUAAGGUAUCUUCCUACAGCCUUUAUGCUAAGUUCAGUGUUUUGGAUGUCUGUGACCUGGUUUGUCUGGUUCCUGCCUGUGCAUGUAGCUGGCACAAUUCUCCAAGCUACUGUUGUGUUCAGCAUAGUGGGUCUACUUUAUUAUUUCUAUAAAACUUGGAGAACUGAUCCUGGAUACAUUAAGAUUUCAGAAGAAGAUAAAAAACAGAACAUUGUUGCUCUCGCAGAAGCUGGGUGCUUGGACUUCAGGACGUUCUGCACCUCGUGUCUUGUAAAGAAGCCCUUGAGAUCUAUGCAUUGCCUUGCCUGUGAUUCCUGUAUAGCCAGAUAUGAUCAGCAUUCUCUAUGGUUUGGACAGUGCAUAGGCAUUGGCAACCAUCGUUAUUAUGUAUCGUUCCUGUUUUUCCUAACUUUGACUGGUGUCUGGCUGCUUUAUGGGACUCUUCUGUAUUGGUCAAACCACUGUGCAACGAGUUACCGUGAAGACGGAGCAUGGACUUACUUCACCCAGAUCGUAUAUUGCUCCCCGUGGGUUUUCUACAUCUUUGCACUGGCCUGUUUCCAUACUGUGUGGGCUUCAUUGCUGCUCAUUACUCAGCUUUAUCAGGUUACGUUUCUGGGCUUGACCUCACAUGAAAGAAUGAACCUCCUGAUGCAGAGCAAGUCCUCUAAGCACCCUGUUUCACUCAGGAGAACUCCAUACAAUCUUGGAUGCUUCCAGAAUCUUGCAGACUUUUUUCAGUGCGGAUGCCUCGGUAUGUUCAAACCCAAUGUGAUUGAUUGGACCAAACAGUACAAUCUCCUUCAUCUGGCAAAGGAGAGAAAUCUUCAUUCUGUGUGAUGAAAAGUAUUGCUGAAUUUCUAAAGUAGCUGAGCUGAAUGCUAAAUAAAAUGGGCUAUUCUUUAAAUCUUUACAA